AAGGCAGCAGACACACACCGUCUUUCUCAUUCUGUGUCUCGUCUCAGCACCAUGUACCAGCUGCUGAACAAGUGCCUUGCUCUUCUGUUCUUCUAUAUAUGCUUUGUGUGUGUGUCAGUGGUCUCUGAUGAUGUCAUCCACGCUGGAACAGCGGGAAUGAAUUUCACAGUGAUAUUCACACUGAAGGGCACUAUUGACAAAAAACAAGUUUACCUGUACCGGAACAACACAAAGAUUUACACAUUUACACCUACGAACAGCUGCACUCUAUCCGAUAACCACACAGUGCCUACCAGCUGCAUCCAUCAUGUGCCCGGAGGAAAAAUCAGUUUGCACUUCAUAAAUCUAAUCCACAGUGGAGUGUAUCACCUUGCUGCGUUGAUGCCGAACCUCACUCUUGUAAAAAGCAACAAAGUGAACUUGACUGUAUAUCCUGCUGAGUACAUAACAACAUACACCAUAGUUACAGCACCAUCAUUAAACAACACAUCCUGCGAGAGGGACCGUUUAGAAUCGAAGCCCAGCAUCCUGAUUUUUGUUUCAUUGCCAGUUGUAAUCGUGAUUCUGGUGAUUGUUCUGCUCAGCUUGUUUUACUGGAGCUACAAGAGGAAAACAGAAAAAACUACAGCUGUGAACGCCACAUCAGCACCACAGGUCAUUCCUGAUGUCACCUGUGUCGAGUACUGUGUUCUGGAAUUUCCGAAUCCAGCCGGAGAGAAAGUGAGAAGCACAGAAGAGCGAGUGGAGUACUCCCCUAUCGUGUUUCCUCCAAGAAAAACAAUGGCGCAAGGCAAUCAGAUAAAGCCGAUGACGCAACAAAACCAAGCAAAGAUGACAACGCUGCAGAGUCACAGAGAAACUGAUAAAGUACCUGACAAACCGAACACAUCCAAACCUAAACCUAAACAGAAAUAUCCAAAAAAGAAAAUAACACCUAAUCACACAGUGUCCAGUUCGAAAGUGUGAUGUGUUAUAUACAUAUUUUAGGCCAUUAAUUCUAUGGUAUACUUUUUUUUUUUAACAAGUUUUAUACUAAGCAUGUAUCAGGAUGCACCGAUGGACUGCAAGAAAAAAAUCAAUCACUCAUUUAUUUCUGUAGUGGUUAGCAAUGUGCCCUCAUCCACCUAUUGAGAAUAAAAGAGAAUAGGAUGAGCAUAUAGUGUAAAUAAGAUAUACAACAUUGAAUAUAUGUAGUUUUGCUCUUAUUGGCUUCUGACUUUUUAAACACUUUGUGUGUCCAAUACACAAAAUCCCUGCAAUUGAUAUAUUGGUGCAAUGAUAUACUACAUAAUAUUUACCAUAUAAAAAUACUAUCUAAUAAUAUAUAAUAUAAUCUGCCAUUAGUCAUUAGUCAUCAUUAGUGUUAUUCUGUACCUGUACAUUUCCCCCCGUCCUCCAUCAAUCUGCUCACUUUACAUCUGUCACUUUACUUUACAUAAUGGAUAGAUGAAGAGGACCGAAUGAAGGAAUAAAACACAUCGAGGAUGCUUUUCCUAAAUGAUGUUGAGUUUGCAUGCUUUUAAAUGAAUAUUAAAAGUGGACAAGGGCAUGUUAUAAAUAGUAGUGAAACACAAUAAGAUAAAUAGUGUGAAAACAAAAACACGUACGAAAAAGGUUUGCGUGCUAUUGGGAGAAAUAUGCAGCUUAAACUUUGCACAAUAUGGCAAGGAAGAAGAAUGCGUGCAAGUGUAUGUGUGUGUGUGUGUGUGUGUGUGUGUGUGUGUGUUGCAGUGCAGUGCAGUGCGCCUAUGUUAAUUAGGUAACAACCACACAGACCAUGGUGUGAAAUCCCCCCACACACAGGCAUAUACAGUAUAUUGCUAUGGUGGGAUAUAUGUUGUAA